AUGCCUUCAAAGAUUGACGAAUCAUAUGCAGAAAUUGACAACCCCAAUUCCUGGUUCACAGAUAUCAGUGCCAUUGCACCAGGAGUCAAGCACCUAACAGAAUCCUUCUUCACCAAGCAAAAGACACACGAUGUUCAGUUUAGAUUAAACCAAUUGAGAAACUUGUACUUUGCCGUAUCAGACAAUGUCGAUGCCAUUUGUGAGGCAUUGUACAAGGACUUUGAUAGAAUCCCUUCCGAAACUCAAAACUUGGAAAUUGCCGUUGGCUUAAACGAAUUGGUACAUACAAUGGCAAGCUUACACGAAUGGGUCAAACCAGAAAAGGUUACCGACUUGCCAUUGGCAUUGAAGAGCAACCCUAUAUACAUUGAGAGAAUCCCUUUGGGUGUGGUAUUGAUUAUCUCUCCAUUCAACUACCCAUUCUUGUUGUCUUUCUCGGCCUUGGUUGGUGCACUUGCUGGCGGUAAUGCCGUUGUUUUAAAACAAUCGGAGUUGACCCCCAAUUUCUCAAAAUUAUUCACUGAGAUUUUGACCAAGGCAUUGGAUAAGGAUAUCUUUUUCGCAGUUAAUGGUGCUAUUCCCGAAACAACUGCAGUGUUGGAACAAAAGUUUGACAAGAUUAUGUACACUGGUAAUGGCACCGUUGGUAGAAUUGUUGCCAAAAAGGCUGCUGAGACAUUGACGCCUGUCAUUUUGGAAUUGGGAGGAAAAUCACCAGCAUUCAUCUUGGACGAUGUACAGGACAAGGACAUUGAGGUUGUUGCAAGAAGAAUCGCAUGGGGUAGGUUCACUAAUGCUGGUCAAACGUGUGUGGCUGUUGACUAUGUCUUGGUGCCAGCCAAAUUGCACAAGAAAUUUACAACAGCUUUAAAGAAAAUCUUGAAUGAGGAGUUUUACCCCGGCUUGAGCAAAGAAGAUCCAAAUUUCACCCACAUUAUUCAUGAUCGUGCAUUCACCAAUUUGUCAAAGAUUAUCGAAACAAGUCAAGGAGACAUUAUUAUUGGCGGCAAAUCCGAUGCCGAGUCGAGAUUUAUUCCACCCACUGUGAUUGACAAUGUCAAAUGGUCUGACUCUACAAUGCAACAAGAGAUUUUUGGCCCAGUCUUGCCCAUUAUCGAAUACGAGUCUUUGAGCACUGCCAUCACCGAAGUUGUUAGACAACACGACACCCCCUUGGCACAAUACAUCUUUACCGGAGGCUCCUCUUCACAAAAGUACAACAAGCAAUUGAAACAGAUUGUACAAAGCUUGAGAUCGGGUGGUAUUAUUAUCAAUGAUGUUUUGAUGCAUGUGGCAUUGGUAAAUGCGCCAUUUGGUGGUAUCGGUGAGUCCGGUUACGGUGCGUACCAUGGCAAGUUUUCGUUUAGACAUUUUACACACGAGAGAACAACAAUGGAGCAGAAAUUGUGGAAUGACUUUAUGGUCAAUGCCAGGUACCCACCACACUCGAAUGCCAAGGACAAGUUGAUCAAAACAUCGCAGGAGGGAUACAAUGGCAAGGUUUGGUUUGGACGUACUGGGAACGUAGCUGUAUCUGGACCAAGUGCUUUGUUUAGCGCCUGGAACGGUGCUGCAGGUGUUUUUAGUUUGAUUUAUGAGUUUGCAACCAAGAGCUUUUAA